AUGACUUCUUCCCCUGCCUGCGCAAGCUGCUCAAAGACGGCCCCCGAGGUCAAGCUGAAGCACUGCGUCCGGUGCCCUGAGAUCAAGUAUUGCGGUCGAGUCUGCCAGACCGCUCACUGGCCUAUUCACCGUGCCACCUGCAACAGCCAAACCGGUGCAAGGUCUGCCUCCCGUCCCUCCGCAUCCACCCCUCAACAAUCCUCCUCUUCCUCGGCCAAGCUGUCCCCUCCCAAGGGCCUACAGCAGGGCAUCGCCCAGCCGUUCACGCGCCUCGAUAAGGGGACCUGGCUGCACGACCGCCCGCGCCAGGACGUCUUCGCCCUGCUCCUCGACGCCUACCGCCUGCGCAUUGAGGACAUGUACAACCACGAGGGCGAGGCCGAGGCCGACAGCCUCUACGGCGGCGCGCCGAACGGCCUCGUCGGCUUCCGCCGCUUCCUGGGCCGCGUCACUGCCGCCCGCCCGGCCCUUCUGCCGCCGUGGUGGGACGAGACCGCGAAGAAGGAGUGCGAGGACCUGGGCAUGCAGGCCGGCGGGUGGCACUCGCUGGCGGCAGCAGUGGAGAAGUGCGACAUCGUGGAGCACUACGGCGACGGACAGUUCCCGAUGCAGCUACGCAUGUUUGCCGAGGCCGUCUAUGGCUCGGCGCCGGGGGGCGCGAGCGGCGCGGCGAUGAAGGGGAUGAUGAUGGCUAUGGAGCAGGGCGGCGGCGAUGGCUUCACUGCGGCGAACCUUGACAUCUCUAAGAUGUUUGCUAGGCGGUAA